AUUUCCUCUCUCUCUCUCUCUCUCUCUCUCUCUCUUCCCCCCUCGCGUUCCAACCCCUCCUCUCUCUCUUCCCUUCAUUCGUCCGUACAUCUCUCUCUCUCUCUCUCUCUCUCCUCCACGCCCAAACACCUCUCCGGCGAGGCGAAGCGAAGGGAAGCCCGAUGGCCGCGAGCUCCGGCGACGACGCGCCGAGGCCCAAUCCGCUCCCGUCCGCGCUCGUGUCCAACCUGCAGUCCGUCCUCGCGGCGCGCCGGCCGCCGCCGCCGGCCGCGGAGGAGGCCGGCGCCGAGGCCCCGGCACCGGAGGCGGCGGAGUCCUCCGGCGCUGCUCCCGUGGCCGAUGAAGGUCCCGCGAAGCCGGCCGUACUCCUGACCUGCGCCGGCGGGAUCCGGGCGCCGGGUCUCGCGGCCCUCGUCGACUCCCUCGUCGCCGGCGGCCGAUGCGACGUCCACGUAUGCGCGCCCGAAUCGGACAAGCCUGCUUGCGGCUAUUCCAUUACCAUCCGCGAGACCAUUACAGCAACAUCGGUGGAUUUCAAAGGGGCGAAAGCUUUCGAGAUAUCAGGGACACCGGUGGAUUGCGUCUCUUUGGCAUUAUCUGGGAGGCUGUUCUCUUGGUCGGCGCCUGCUUUGGUGAUCAGUGGGAUCAAUGCAGGGGCGAACUGUGGAUAUGAGAUGUUUCAUUCUUCUGCCAUUGCUGCUGCAAGGGAGGCCUUACUGUAUGAUGUUCCUUCAAUUGCAAUAUCAUUGAAUUGGAAGAAGGAUGAAAGCAAAGAUAGUGAUUUCAAGGAUGCUGCUGAGGUUUGCCUACCAUUGAUACACGCUGCCUUGGAAGGCGUUGAGAAAGGAACCUUCCUCAGAGGCUGCUUACUGAACAUUGGGGUUCCAAGCUCACCAACUACAAAUAAGGGUUUCAAGCUGACUAAGCAAAGCAUAUAUCGUCCUGCCCAAAGUUGGGAAGGUGUGUCCACAAGCAGACCUACACCUGCUACUCACUUCAUGGGCAUGCACCAAAGCCUUGGUAUUCAGCUCGCACAACUUGGGAAGGAUGCAUCUGCAGCAGGGGCUGCACGCAGAAUUAAUGCUCAGCGGAAGAUUGUCGAGGUUGAGUCUGUUGCAUCUACAGGGAAAGCAGAGGCUCGAGAAGUAGUGAAGAAGCUUUUCCGUGCUGAGUUCACUGAAAAGCAGCAUGAAUGCUUAGACGAGGAUAUCGAUUUGAGAGCUUUGGAGAAUGGAUUUAUAUCUGUCACUCCUCUGAAUAUACACGGAAAUGUGGCUCCUGAAACUGGAGCACCUGCUUCAGAUUGGCUCUCGGUAGCUGUGGGUCUAGACAAAGCAAAGGAAGAUUCUGUAGUUACAGCAGAAGAACAAGAUGCUCCAGCUGUAGCUGAGGAAAAGGAAGCUCCUUCAGCAACCUAAAACUCGCAAGACAUGUAUACAUUCCCUAGCUGUCGUAGUUCUUUCUCACCUUUGUUUAUCGGUUAAUCGGUUUGAUUUGCUUGUUAGUCUUUUGCAGUUCAUAUUUGCCCACUGCAAUCUUUAUUUUUUGUUCAUGUUCUCUGAUGAUUGCCAGUUUUUUUUUUAUCAUGUGAAAUGAUUUAGUGCUGGAAACCCUACAGUUUGGAUGUAACCACGUAGGGCAAUGCAUCUACUUGAUGAAAUACUUGCCUCCUGCCACCACCACUAUUUUUUUUAGUGUGGUUUGUUCCAGUAAGGUGUUGUAUUCAGCAUUGGAUGGAUGAAUAUUGAUUUUUUUCCCCAUCUGGGAGAUGGCCGACAAAGUAUCAUGACCUGAUGUAACCUGAUGCAA